GACUUGUAUUUUGAAAGGCGGAAGCGUGUAUGUUGUUUGUACUCGGUUGUUCGCUGCUGUAUAGCAGAAGUGUGUGUGUGAUAUAUAUCUGUAGAAAUGGAAACAUCUCGAGCUGCUAAAUUGGAGUUUGCGGUGCAGAUGAGCUGUGAGAGCUGUGUGAGGGCUGUUAAAGGUGCACUGGAGAAACAGCCUGGCGUACACUCGGUGCAGGUGGACCUGGCUCGAGAGGAGGUUUUGGUCGAGACGUCGCUCUCCACUCAGGAGGUUCAGGGUCUGAUCGAGAGCACCGGCAGGAGAGCUGUACUGAAGGGCAUCGGAGGAUCAGAAGCAGAUCUGGGCGUAGCUGUGGCUAUGGUGAGUGGGGCGGGGCGAGUCCAGGGCGUGGUCCGGUUCCUGCAGCUCUCUGAGGAUCGUUGUUUGAUUGACGGCACCAUCGACGGUUUAGAGCCCGGGGCUCACGGCCUUCACGUGCAUGAACUCGGAGACCUCACACUGGACUGCAUGAGUUGUGGUGAGCACUACAACCCGUUUGGGAAGCAGCAUGGAGGCCCACAGGACACAGAGAGGCAUGUUGGGGAUUUGGGGAACGUACAGGCGGGAGCAGACGGUAGAGCCAUGUUCAGACUGGAGGACUCUCAGCUGAAGGUGUGGGACGUGAUCGGUCGUUCGCUGGUGGUGGAUUCAGGAGAAGAUGAUCUGGGAAGAGGAAACCACCCUCUGUCCAGACAAACGGGGAACUCUGGCAUGAGACUGGCAUGUGGGAUCAUCGCUCGCUCUGCAGGACUCUUUCAGAACCCCAAACAGAUCUGCGCCUGUGAUGGAGUCACCCUGUGGGAGGAGCGAGACCGUCCGAUAGCAGGCACCGGACGCAAAAAACUCCCAGAUGCUCCAGCUGCUAAUUUAUGACCAUGUGACCACACACUCUAGUAAUGAUGAAGGAUUGACAGAUUGCACUUACAGGAGAAGACCAAAGAGACUGUUGAUCACUAAU